AUGAACGAAACACCAACAGCAACAGGCCUCCCCAUUGCCUUCCACGGCACAAUCAUCCACUCCCUUCCCCCCACCGAUCUCCAAAUCCUCCCCAACACCUUCCUCCUCGUCGACCUCGAGGGCAACAUCCAGGCUCUGGUCCCCAACACCGACCCCUCAACCAUCAACACCCUAAUCGCAGACAAUGGCUACGCACCAGACGUCUUCCCCGUCAAACACCUGCCCAAACACUCCUUCCUGAUCCCAGGCUUCAUCGACACUCACAACCACGCCCCGCAGUGGGCACAGCGCGGCGUAGGCCGCAGCCUCUCCCUCCUCGAUUGGCUGGAGAAAGUCACCUUCGCACACGAAGCGAAAUUCGAGGACAUAGAGUACGCAAAGCGCAUGUACAGCGCCGCCGUGGACGGGCUACUCCGGCAGGGAAUCACAACAGCAAGCUACUACGCCUCCAAGCAUCUAGCCGCGACGAAGAUCCUAGCCGAAGUAUGCCGCACCAAGGGUCAGCGGGCGCUCGUCGGCCGGUGCAACAUGAACCGGCACGCACCGGGGUGGUACCGCGAUCUGAACGCAGGGGUCUCAGUCAAAGAGACCCGGGAAUUCAUCGAGUGGAUGCGCGAGUUCAACGGGACCGACGACCGAUCGCUCGUGAACGCGGUGAUCACGCCUCGCUUCGCGAUCUCCUGCGACGAGGAGGUUCUCUCAGGUCUUGGGGCGCUGGCGGCCGCGAACCCGGACCUGCGUAUCCAGACGCAUUUCAACGAGGCGCAGCAGGAGAUGGAGUUUACGAGGCAGCUGUUCCCGGACUUCGCGCACGAGGCGGAGCUGUAUGCGCGGUUUGGCCUGCUGAGUGAGCGGUCGAUCCUGGCGCAUUGUAUCUUCCUGCGCGAGGAGGAGAUGGAGACGCUGGCGCGGCUGCGCUGUGGUGUGGCGCAUUGUCCUAUUCCCAAUACGACGAUGCAGGCGUUUAUGGUUGCGCCGGUACGAGAGUACCUGCGGAGGGGAAUUAAGGUCGGAUUGGGAACUGACAGUGGUGGGGGUCAUUCGAUCUCCAUGCUCGAGGUGAUGAAGCAGGCGUUUGUGGUGUCUACGGCGCGGGCGACGGAGACCCGUGGCGCGGAUCCGGCGUUGUCGGUGGCGGAGUGUUUCUUCCUGGCGACUUUGGGGGGUGCGCAGGUGUGUGGGCUGGACGAGAGGGUGGGUAAUUUCGCUGUCGGCAAGGAGUUCGAUGCAUUGGAGAUACGGACUGGGGAGGGGGCGGAGAUGGGUGUUAUGGCGCCGGUGGAAGAGGGGGAUUCCAUUGAGGUCAUUUUUGAGAAGUUCUUGAUGACGGGAGAUGAUCGAAAUAUUGCCAAGGUGUAUGUCAGGGGACGUGCUGUCAAGGUUUGA